AAUGAUGGUUGGGAUAAUACAGGGAAACAUGCUAAUGGUCUAGUUGAUAAUGGAGAUGAAGCAGAAUUGAACAAAUUGGAUGACAAAAGGAAUUACAAUUUAACCCUAGAUGUGGGUUUAGUUGAUCGCCAUAUUAGACGUCUUGACAACGGUCUUCGCAAGCUUGAAGAUGAAACAAAUUAUGGCAGGUCCAGGUAG